GCCGCCGCAGUAGCUCGUUGCGCGGUUGAUCGAAAAUAGGAAAGCGUUGGAUGCACACCUCUGUACGUGGUUGAUUUCGAAAUCAGCAGCGAGAUACCAUCGUCCCGAGCGAGUCCCGAUCGAACGGCCGCAAAUGACAAGCACGAUGGGACAGGUUGCCGGGAGCAGGGUAAACGGGGAGCAAAGGCGGUCGCGUGGCUGGUCGCGCGGUCCGAUUGUUAUUGACGCGAGGGUUGGUCGCGCGGCCAUGCCAGAGGGGGUGUCCUCGGCUUAGUGCGUCAGAUGGCGCGGCGUUCGUCACGGUCCACCCUGGCUGCGCUGGAAUGCCCUGAACGAGGAGCCCGUCGACGCUGUCUUCUUUCGUUGGAUCUUUUUUCCGCGGUGCGAUCAGGUGACCGGGCCGGCAGUGUUGUUCACCGGGGAUCGGUCCGAUCUGGCCCGCCGAUCGCCGAGCACGGGCGCGACCGUCGCCUGGUACGCGGCUGCUGAAACGACGGACGGAACGGAACGGGUUUGAAGGGACGGAUGCGCCAGGCGGGUGGUCCACUUUACACGUACGGUGGCGGUGUGUGUUGUGUUGUGCACCAGAAGGCGGUUCCAGUGCGCUCCGCUCGACCGUGUUACCUUUCCGCCUGUAGUGCUGCCCGUCUGAAGGGAACGGCGAGCCCUGGCCCGAAUUAUCAACGCGAAACGCACGGUUCGGCGAGGAUCGCGCGGCGAGCGGGCGUCCACGGGAACUAGGAACGAGAGAGGAACGGCGGACCCUGCCUGGCGACCGAGUGGAACGGGAGUGUCGUCCACCAUUUUGGCUGCGCGAGGUUGCUCGAUGCGUGCACCGUUGCCGUCCGCACGUUCGCCGUUUUCGAGGAUUCGGGACGCGGAUCCGGAUCAUUCGAUAUGCGGUGCCGCGUUUAUGGCCCCCGUUGCGUGUCGUGCAGUGGACACCGUGCUGGGGACGGUUAAUUGAUCGGGGACGCCAGCCGUGAUGCGAGGCCCGUAAAUGGAGCAAGGCGAGGGCUGUUUUUCGUACGCCGAGAGCCUGUCAGCUGGUCGUCCCACCAUCGGGAAUCGAACCGGAGGCCCGUCUCGCGACCCGAAAUGCUUCAUGGUGAUCGUGGAUUAAGACUGCGCGGCUCGUUCCUCCUAGACCACCUCUUAUAACCACUCCGGAUGCAAUCGGGGAAAUAAGUAGGGCGCAAACCGCUGGCAGGGGUUCGCCGGACGAGUUUCGCUGAAAUCUGGUUCACGCGGAUAAACGUGAUCCGAGAUGACGGCUUGACUUGUCGCUAGGGGAUACCUUUCGGGUACGUGGACCGUCAGGGGAAAGUAUUCGGUGUUGUGUCGGGCUGUGCGGCAGCCCAUGGAGCACUCGGCCUGUGUCUCCAAUUGGAGAGAUAAAAGUAGGCCGCGGACUGCUAGCAACCGUUCACCAGCAGGAAUCGCAACGUCGCGGAAAUUUCGUGCGAGUCAGCUAACGGGGAAAGUGGCUUGAUUGUUGUUCGUCGGGGAUCUUUCAUGAUCGGUAUUUACUAUCGAUUCCGAAGGGAGACUGAUGUGUUCGCUAAAUAAGUAAGACAUUCGGCGUCCUUGUGGACUGUGUGGUCCGCGGAGCACACAUGUCUCCAAUUGGAGAGACAGAACUAGGCCACGAACAGCUACCAGGAUUUGGCGGCGGGAUCGCGUCGCUGAAAUUUUACUGAACUCACCGGGAAACUCAUCGGAAACGUAGUUUGACUGUUAUCGCAACGAUCUUCGCCGAUCGACACGUAUUUCGGCUCAAUGGAUACGAGAAACUAAUAAGCCAGUGUCUACUAAGUAACUAAGACAUUGUCCUGUUGGACUAUACAACCUGUGGACACUCGACCAGAGAAAACAACAUCUAACAAGACAACAUAGGAAUCUGGUCCUAAGGUGACCCUAUCAACAAGCUUCUGACAUUUGCUCCCUGUUAGGGCUACGAACCAAGUGUCCACGGUGAACCUCAGAGAUCAGCGGCGUCACUCGAAACUGGGUUACCAUAAGUGCCGUCCUACCCGCUCGUUUCUCGAUUCCAAGGGACUAAAUGUUGCUACCUUCUUCAGCUGGCAACUAAACACCAAGCAUCCAGACUCUAUCCUCAAAGAUUGGAAUCGGCAUCCCGCGUUUGGGGAUCGGAAAUAAUUGGUACCCGACUUCAAAUGGGUGUCGAGGAUCCGGCAACCCGUGGCCCAGCGCAUGGACUGAUCAAGCUGGUAGCUAAGAGUCCAGCUGGAACGCGGGAAAUCAUGCAGCCGGCCAUGGAUGAUUGAACAGCGUCUAGGAUAGGGAUGAAAGGUUUCUCCAAAGUGUUCCUGGAUGAUCGUUGACGAUCUCUGGCGGGUCGCCGGUACUGUGUAUGAUGCGCCGUGGACUUUGUCCCGUUGAUAGAUCGUUGGCAAGGAUUCCAAGGUGAGGAUCAUCGCGAUCAUUCGGAUGAACGCCGCUAUGGAGACCGAGUGACUGUUCCUUAGUGCCCACCCGGCCACCUUUGGAUGGGUUCUUCUUCUAGAUUAGUUCUGGAUGUUCCGCGAUACGCCGGUACUAGUGAAAACUGGUUCGUUCGGGUUGUGCUCUAUAUACAAGUGCCGCGAGAGUGUGGUGCCGGGUUUUCUUUCCACGAGGUUUGACGAGGAUUACGCGUGACCGCGCGCCCUUACCCCUCAUCACGUCUUAACAGUUCUUGGCAUGCGUAGGCCGAGGGAGGAGCCAGGGGGCGAGCUGAACAGGACCGAGGAGCAUGGCGUAGCGCUCGUUUCGGGGCUGGCUCGCAGAUCAAAGGACAAAGCGAAAGAGGGUCUGGCCGCUCUCGAGCGAUUCGAGGGCCGGUGAGCAUCGCGACGGGGCAAGCAACCCCGUUGCCUCGGCCAACGUCUAACAACCCUCCCGUCUGUCACCGUCGACGAACAACAGAACAGAUGUCCUGACAGCGGGCCCCGGGCCACCAGGAUGCCGACAGACGACGACUAUGGCCGAAGAGAACGUCUCCUACUGCACCAACACCCGAUCUCUCAAUACGGGCCCUCGUCAUCUCCGGUUCCAGGAUCGACCGCCGGUGCGUCUGGAAGUGUCGGUUCCCAGAUCGUCUCCGCAGCCCCGUCAGACUGCUACAAGCAACAGCCGCAACCAUCCCAACAGCAACCACCGGCGCAGCAACAGCAGCAAACGGACCAGCGAACCGUCUCGAGCGCAGCAAGCUCCUCCGCGAGCCAAGAUCGCUACCAGCCGGAGUCCCAGACUCAGUCGAACGAGCACGACUAUGGCGUCCGUGAUCGCAUCAUCGAUCGGCACGACAAGUCGACGGACAAGCCGUCGCUCGACGACUUCCCGAAAUCCUGCGCGGAGACUCGCUCGAUUCAGUCGAGCUGCGACCGGUUCGCCCACUACUCGGGCCAAGACAGGUUCGGGCAAUCCUCUAUUCAAGCUCAUCAUCAAUACACUACUGCCAGGUCCUCGUCCGGUCAAACGUUGCCCCAGACCGUCCUCUCGGACCGUUACCCGCGCUUCGGCGAGCUGGCCGGUCUACACGGCGAGCAGAGGCUGUCCCUGGUCCCCAGCGAGCGUUUCCAGCAGGCCGGGAACCCGGUCGGUGAACUGGUGUCCUCGGGCAACGAGUAUGCGAACGCGAACAUCCUGGCGUCGAGUUGCGCGGCCAGUCCCUUCUCGUCGGAGACGUUCCCCUCGCCACCGUCGCCAGCACCGGCGAACGACCUGUUCGUCCCGCCGCCGCCGCUCUCGCCCAGCCCUAGCGAGAAGUAUGCCUCUAGCCAGAGUCUGGCCGGUUAUCCUGCUGCUGAUCGGAUUCUGGCCCCAGGCUCUCCAAGCGCCAGAUUCGGCGGCGGUACAGCGCCAGCCUCACCGAUGCCAUCCGCCGCCGAACGAUUCUCAUCGGCGGACCGACUGCUGGCUGGCCAGCAAUCCUCCUCCGUGCACGAGCCCAAGGAGCAGCAACGGUACGCUGCGGCUAGCGACAGACUGCUGUCCGGAUCGUCUCCAGUUCUCGGCAGCCUGCAGGUUAGCCUCCAAAGCGAGAGGAACUCGGUGUACACCACAGGCAAGGACUCCAGAUACUCGGCCAUCUCUACGGACAGGCUACUGUCCUCGUCGCCUAUUCACGCCCCAGUGCCAGAGAGGUUCGCGAGCAAGGACAGGUACCUCGAGUCGCCCGUCUACGAGCGCUACCACCGGCAGGAGGCGGCGCAAAGCGUCCACCAUGAUCGCUACCCGACGAUACCCGCGGAGAAGUUCCUCUCGAGCUCGCCGAACCCUGAGACCGGUCAUCAGCGAUACUCGGCGACGGAGAGGGGCCUCCAAGUAUCAGGCAACAGCAACGAGCAGAGACGUCUGUACGCGGACAGAGGCGUCGAGACGGUGUGCCAGAAGUAUACCGACAGACCCAGCGGAUCGCCAGCGCCAGCGGACUUCAGUAGAUACGCUAGCUUCCAGGAAGUCGGCGGCCAGUCCAGGUACGUCUCCGGGGCGGACAGGUUCAACGAGUCCGCCGUUCAACGCUGCAGCCAGCCAAGACCCAGCGACAGGUACUGCGUGUCCAAUGAUCGCUUCCUCGCCGGAUCGUCGCCUGGGCACGACGGCAGACUCGCUGCCAACGACACCAACCGAUACUCUAUCUCCGGCUCCUCGACGGAGCGGCUACUGUCGACGACUUCUUCCUCGUCGUCCUCGUCCACGGACACCAUCGCCAGGUACCACUCGUCCUACGCGAACACCACGGCCACGCAGUCGGCCGGCAACGACCGCUUCACGUCCAUCUCGCCGACGCCGGAGCCCAGCACUGGCCUCAGAUCGAGCGUGUCGGCGGCUGGUAGCUCGACUGCCUCCAGCUACCAAAGUACAACGAAGACCGGCAUCGACAAGUACCUGCAAGUGUCCAAGUCCGUGCAGAGCUACAGCAGCGACCGCUACACGGUCGCCAGCUCCAGCGAACAGUUCGACAGGCUCAGCGGGCAGGACCGGUACGACAGGUUCUCCAGCGCGGUUUCUAGCGCGGAUAGAUUCGUCUCGAGCACUGCUACUCCUGAUCGGUUUCAUGGCGCCGCUGAUCGAUACUCUCCUGCGCGAGCCGCGGAUAAGUACCUGUCCCUGCCGAAGCCGAAGGAUCGCUACACCGGCCGCAUAACGCCGAUAUCGUCUUGCGCCGCCUCCACCGUCACCUCGACUGAUCGCAGUUAUGGAGGGUCUACGGCGGCUGGCAGCUAUGUGCCGCCGACGGCGCACACGCCGGUCGAGAGAUACGUGCCCCAGCCGCCUCCGGAGGUGCUCUACCCCGACAGGUACGUCGAGAGGUACGUGCCACCUUCGGCGCACACGCCGACCGACCGCUACGUGCCCGCCAAUGAUCCCGGUGAUCCCUACAUGAGACGGGACCUCGGCUUCCAUCAUCAUUACCGGCUACCGCCGCCAGCCGGCUACCCGUACCAUCAGUCCCACUUCCGGCUGCGCGGUUUCGCUUACGCGUCACCUGGACGUGGACUAAGCGGUAGCCCUGGCUCCAGCAGCUCGAGCAGCUCCGCGUCUAAUCAGCGCGACGGGUUCUCCAUGUCGCCGUUGCUUAGGCCGAAGGUUAGAGCUUCCGCGGUCGAGUUUACCAGUACUUCGAACAGUGUUGUUGGACGUCACGUGUGCACCAACCCGCCGUCCUGCUGUAACGAGGUCAACGGGAACACGAGGUCUUGCUGCCAGGCUGUUAGGAGGUCUCUGCCGCCUGGCGCGCUGCCUUCGAUACCUACGCAGGCUUCUUGGCAACCGUCACCAGGAUCCGGCACAACCGGCACGUCGACGGUCUCCUCGAGCGCCCCUGACGUCGAGAAUGGCCAAAGCAUCAGUCUGUACCCAGUGGGCAGCGCUGGCCCAGCGCCAACGGACCCAGCGGCGGUCACGCCGAUCACGACCACAGCAGCGAUGCCAUUGGCCACCGCUGGCACCGUUGCUGGGUCCGGGACUGGGCCCAGUAUCACUAGAAGCGCGUCAGCUCCCACAGCUCCUAGGCCGCUCGUCCAGGUGACCAGCUCUGCGAGCACACCUGGCUCCCAGAGGCCUAGGCUCAGGAGAAACAUGAGUCGAACCGAAGCUAUCAGGAAUUACAUCAAACGCGAAACGGCGCAGUUCUUCGGCGUGGACGAGGAGUCCGAGUCCGCGGAGAGACAAAGAUGGCUGGACCGAAGACGGAGGAUGGCGUCCAGGAAGUACGGUGCCCUCGUUCCGGAACACAGACCGCCGGAUCCCGAUAUUACGAGGGACGUGCCAGAUACUACGGAUCUGCCAGAGGGCGUUACACUGAGAAGAUGGCAACAACCAGUCAGAAGGAAAGACUCUGUGGCAAGAAUGACGCUUUCCGGUCUCCAUUACGUCGUCGAGUCGCUGAGGAGGACGCGCAGGGAGAGGUCGCAGGCCAGGCCAGAGUCACGAAGCUUCCCGCCGAGCGUGAUUGGCUACACGUCGGGGGCAGAGCCGGUGACGUCACCGGAGAGCGGACAGGACGAAGAGAGAUCUUUCUUCGAAAAGCCACCACCGCCUCCGUCGCCGCUUCCGCCGCCGUCCGCGCAGCAAUCGCAGUCCCAGAUCGAACAGGGCGUCGAAGGGUUGGUCAAGGACGAAGAGGACGGCGCGAAGGUCGCGGAUCUCCUCGAUUCCGCGAACGACAGAGAAACGUCGCAGGAAUUGGUCUGGUUUGCAACGCAGAAAGAUGAAAGGACGACGAUCGAUGAACAGGUCAGGAGACCUCGUCACAUCCCGAGGGACCAUUACAUUUCAAGAAGAACGAGUUGGAGCAGGUCGAGGUACGAUACAUCGUUGGGCGAGGGCACCAGGGGUCAGCAGGACGAAGGCGUCACACUCAGAAGGGAUUUGACCGGGGCUACGAGGAUUUCUCCGAACACCAUCGACAGAAUAUUCGACAACAGCAACAGGAGACAGUAUGGCAUGGGAAUCGUCGGCAGAUUUUUCGGGAGGUCAUUUCGUAAGAGCGUGUCGCAGAAGCCGGACGUUCGAAGGCAAUUGGACGAUUUCGAAGAUCAUAGGCCGUACUUCACGUAUUGGAUAACCACCGUUCAAGUGCUCAUUUUGAUAAUAUCGUUAGCGUGUUACGGUUUCGGGCCGGUUGGCAUGGACCUGAGUCACCGAUCAGGACUGGUACUCGUGACAAGUCUGUCGUUGCAGCAAGUGGACUACCAGGAGCCGGCGAAUUUCUGGUUCGGCCCUAGGGCCGCGGAUCUGAUCCAUCUGGGCGCGAAGUUCGCGCCGUGCAUGCGCCGCGACAUCAAGAUCCUGAAGGAGAUCGACGUCUGGCGGGAAAGGGAACGCGACACUGCCUGCUGCAUCCGGAACGACGAUUCCGGCUGCGUGCAGUCCAGCAAAGCGGACUGCUCUAAAACGAUAUCGACCUGGAAAAAGUGGGGGCCCGGAGACAGCGGACCUGGCGGCCGGAUAAGCGGAUCAGUUUGCGGAUUGGAUCCAAAGUUUUGCGACGCGCCGGCGAGCAUCGCGCCGUACGAGUGGCCGGACGACAUCACUAAAUGGCCCAUCUGCCGGAAGACUAAUCCGUUCAACCAACGGUUUAGUAGAAACGGCAGCCAACGGAGCAACGGUAACUUCCCGGUGGGCAAAUACAAGCACAAAAUGGCGGAGCACAUGGUCUGCGAGGUGAUCGGGCAUCCAUGUUGCAUCGGUAUACACGGUAUGUGCCGGAUCACCACGAAGGAGUACUGCGACUUCGUGCACGGUUACUUCCACGAGGAGGCGUCGCUCUGCUCCCAGGUCGAGUGUUUGCACGACGUAUGCGGCAUGAUCCCUUUUCUUCAUCCCGAGUGGCCGGAUCAGUUCUAUAGGCUUUUCACCACCAUUUUCCUUCACGCCGGAAUUCUUCAUCUGUCCAUCACACUAUUGGUUCAGUACUUCCUAAUGCGAGACUUGGAGAAGCUCACGGGCUCGCUUCGCAUCGCUUUGAUCUACUUCAUUGGCGCUCUAGCCGGAAACCUUGCCAGUGCGAUAUUCGUCCCUUACAGGGCGGAGGUGGGCCCAGCAGGCGCGCACUUCGCGCUGCUAGCUACUCUGAUCGUCGAGAUCCUGCACUGCUGGCCGAUGCUGAAGCACCCCAGACGCGCCCUGUCGAAGCUGAUCGUGAUCCUGAUGGGUCUGCUGGUCCUGGGCAUCCUGCCCUGGGUCGACAACUACGCCCACCUGUUCGGCUUCAUCUUCGGCUUCCUGGCGGCGUACGCGUUGAUGCCGUUCAUCUCGUUCGGGCACUACGACCGCCGCCGGAAGAUCUGGCUGAUCUGGAUCUGCCUGAUCCUGAUCGCGGUCCUGUUCACCCUGCUCCUGACCUUGUUCUACAACGUGCCGGUGUACGAGUGCGAGGUGUGCAAGCUGUUCAACUGUAUACCGUUCACCAGGGACUUCUGCGCCUCGCAGAACAUCAACUUCAAGCGGGAGGAGCCCGUAUGACACACGGUGGUGCCGUGCUUCGAACUCGACUUCGAGACGACCACUGGAACAAUCACGGACAGCGACGUAACACGGUGGCAGCUGAUCCUGUUCGCGCUUUCAUUGGAUCCCGUACGCUAGCUCGGAGCCUUCGGAACCGGCGGGCCGCGGCUUGCAGAGGCAGCACGCCUCGAUCCCAGUGAUGAUCCUCUCCAAGCUCCACGGGCUCCGACCACCGGAGGAUCUCCGAGCCAAGUGAAUCGCCAACGAACUCGAAGGGAAGAAUCACGUGUUCAUCGCCGUGGACGAACGACACUGCCUUAAACUUAAUAAAGAAACCAUCCACCGGGGGCCGAGAGACUUGGCAUACCCUAAACUCGUUAGCACUGGCCCCCGGCUGGAGUGUACAUAUUAGCAACACGCGCCUUUACGUAAGCGUGGGAAGCGGUUUCCACGAGGAUCCGAUCGCUGGGAUCUGGCUCGAGCGUUCCCCUCGAGGAUCUGCACGAUCAUUCGACCCCCCCGACACGCCGGGACCCUGUCGUUCGACGGACUCAGGGGUUGGAACACGUGUACAUAGAACGAGCACACGAGGAACUCUUGUUACAUACGGUAUACAUAGGGACGAUCUUGAUAUUACGUUUUAAGGUUAAGGGGACGGGGAGACGGUGAGGGACGAGAAAGAGAGAGAGAGAGAAAGAGAGAGUGUGAGAGAGAGAGAGAGAGAGUGAGAGAGUGAUGGGAGAAGAGUGGAGGACGUAACCGGAAGUGUGGCCGGCACCCCGCACCUCCGACACGACGGAACUAUCUGUGAUGGGCCGCGCGGUUGGUCUUCUUCGAAGAAUAUUUUUCAUUAAGCGCACGCGAACAGCCUUGCGCGACGUCUAGGGAGGAUUAUCCGCCAAACGGAUCGAGCAUGAGCUUAAUUUUAAGGGCGCGAGGGGCGGGGGUGUGCGAGAGAAAGAGAGAAAGCGAGAGAGAGCGAGCGAGAGAGAGAGAGAGAGAGAGUGACGGGGUGGAAGCGGGGCUUCGAUGGAAAGUGUUAACGAUAAGUAAUAGCCGGCGAGAACGAAUCAAUUUUUUAUAAAACGAGAGACAGAGGUAGCGAUGGGGAGCGAUAUCAGGACAAUUAAUCAAUUCACACCCUGUAUAUAAUUGUAGGAGAGGCGAGGGUGAGGGACGAUGGGCGAGGUGGGUUCGUUUUUUGAUUGGCAAGCUUGGAGGAUGGGGUAAAUGCUGGGAGGAAGAGAUUGGCGUUCGUGAAAGUGUGCUUUUUUGCGUUGAGUGUAUGCGCUGAGCGUUCGAUCGUAUUCGUUUAGUACUUCGAAGAGCGAUUCUGCGAGUCGCGUUCAAGGGAAAGUGGAGAAUAACGAAAUCUCGAUUUCCGCCUCGCUUUCGAAUUAUCGGCGAUCGAAGAUUGGCCAAUAGCGCUGCGCUAUUUUCCCGCGCUUGUACCUGUCUCACGCGCCUCUAUUGGCGGAACGCAUUACAAAGAGAUUUUUGAUCGUGGAUUCUUUGGAGACGAGGCUCGUAUCGCGAUGCUGUUAGUCUUGACUUUCGCGGUAGUUCGAGUCGCGGAAUUGCUUCCGAGAAUAUCUGAGACUUCAAGUCGGACACCCGGUAUGCAGGUGAGAACGCUGUUUGAACGGUUUUCGUGUCAUGGCGUCGAUGAACGUGGGAAUUUCGGAGCACGAUGUUCCAGAAUGAAGAUCGUUGCGAUCGAGGAUCAGGUGAGUUUCCGAUGAUACCUGUUGACUUGUAAGAAUUGCGUUUUAUUUUGUAGGAACUGUUGUUCUGUGUUCUUUCGCGAAGAGUACUGAGAUCGUUUGAUCUGGCACAACGUGCUUCAGUGUUUCUUAACGUGAAUCGACUGAGAGUGUCUCCCAAUGAAUAGUUGGUAGGUUAUUAUGUUUGUUUAGUGUAUGUUUCUUUAUAUUUGUAUUGUUAAGUUUUUGACGAGGAUUCUUUUAAUGAAGCUUAGUUUCUAUGGUAAGAUUUUUUUAAACGGAUAUUCGUUAUUUCUAGAAUAGUAAUUUUGAUCGAUAAAUCCAGUGGUAACGUGAUUCAUUGAGAGACAUUGUACAUCGAGGAAAAUGUGUUUUCUGUUUGCGUUCGCGUAUGAGAUGGAUCUUCCUGCGUUUCAAAGAAAGUACUUAGUUUUAAUGAUUUCUACAGUAUUAAUGAAUCUUUGAUGACAAGACGGAGCUUCGCUGUUUCUGAGGUCUCGCGGUGCUUAGAUUGGAAAGGAAUAUAUUUCCUCAAGCUCUCUUCGUUAAACGCUGGUAUAAUCUAUGUAUUUGAACAAAUAUACAAUUCAUUAACAGAAUCUUUCUUAAAAUUCCUCAAUUUGUUAUCUAUUCAAUCAAUGAAUAAUUCUCUCAAAAAUUCGUGAAACAUUUUCCAAUGUUCUAACUUUGAAUCAUCGCAUCGCGAGACCUCGGACGACUUACUUAACAAUCAACCAACUGGUAGGUUCAUGCUAAAUCAUUGUGUUCCAAGAAACUUGAAAAAAAAUCAGACUUCUAUCGCAUUCAUCGCACUAUGUUGCCAUUCAGAAAUAUGAAGACAUGGUUUUCUAUCCUCGUACGUGUUGAGCAUGCCGCGAGAACGAACAAUAAUCGAUGACACGUCGAUUCCGAAUAAUCAUCGCAACUACGAUCGUAUCACUGCUGACGGAAGCGACGCGAAGCUAUUUAAAGUAUAAGCGCACAUUAACGAAUCAUUAUAGUGGACCUAUAUAACUAUCAUUAAACCAUUAUUAAACAUGUAAUCGGAAAGCAAUUUUUAUACUCUUCUCUUUGUAUUCAUCGCUAUCCACGUAAAAUUACAAAAAAUUCGUCGGAGAAAGGUAUUUAUAUAUUCCUCGUUCCCUUCGAAGUACGCGCGUCACCAAAAACGAAAAGCGGAGAGGAACACGAAAAAAUUGGUGCAAAACAAAUAUAUAAAUUUUUACUUAACGAUUAGACUCGCGUAAGAGGUAUAAAGAAUCGAGAGAAGCGUUUAGUUUUAAUAUAUACUUAUACAUGUAUCAAGAGAGAGAUCGAUGAUUUUUCCUAUUUUCCACUCGUCAUUGACUUUUACGACACGAGGGUGACACUUAUUUCCCGCCGCGCAAUGGCGAGCGCAACAAUUACGAUAAUCGAAAACCAUGCUCGUUUGGAGAAACGGAAAUUUACAAAGGAUUUUCAAGUUCUUUUACAAGUAAUCGCGCCUCGACGAACGGGAUCGAUGUUCUCGGUCGAGUGUUUCCUUUUUUCUGUUCGUUCUAUCGUUCGCCCGACGAUGCUGCGCACAAGUUUAUACGCCGUUAACGAUCGGCCGCCGCGAAUUCGCGUGCUCCCGCGUGGGAACACGCAUUAUAAAGCGAUUAAGCGAUGCUUAAUCGGAAGGCAAAUCGCGCGAUAAGGAGAGCCAUUUUCUUUUUCAUUGAUGCCACAUUCGACUUGAUUUAUUGGGGGGAAAUGAGCACGAUGGCUCGCUUGAUUCAAUUUUAAUCCCCUGCUGUUUAAUAUCUCGUUGCUCCCGAGUUGAACAUUCCGAAAUGGAUUUGACAAACAUGCAAAUUAUUCUCUUGUUACGUUAGUAUUCAACCGUUGGACAAGCUGCGCGCUCGUAACGAGUAUGUAAUACAUUUUUCUCUGCGAUCGUGGGUGAUCAUUUCAAUUGACUUUAGUAGGCUGCCUUUUUACGAGGGUAUUGUUGAUAAGGGAUUAAUAAGUAUUUUUAGGCUUUCAUUUAAAGAUUAAGAAUCAGAGGGCCGUUGGAAAAUGAACCGUUCCGUCGUUACUCGUGAAAAAGGAAUGGUACAAUUGUAUUAGUUGAUUUCUGACGCUAGAACUGUCGAUAGUUAAGCUGAAAUUCAUUAUUUUCAUGAUACUCGCAUGUCGGAGUAAAGGUGCAUCAAGAUUUCACGAGAUUCAUCGUACAAGUUACUGAAUUGUUUCGGUAGUUCUACUGUUAAUUCGCAUCCCGUUCUUUCGCUCCAGUUUCAAUGUGCAAUACUUUCUCGUUAUAGUCGCCGGUGGGCGACACUGUGAAUCGAGGAAUAUUUAAUCGAUUAAUAAGCACCGUUCGUUUCGAUCGUAAAAGGGGAAAAUACCAAAUAUUUCUGUAAAUUAACAUAUUCGAAAGUAAACAAAGAGCGGCUAGAGUUAAAUGAAACUUCAUCCGAUUAGCCAUUUCACUACUUAAAGGUUUAUUCAUGAAACAUGCACAAAAGAUUCGCCGUCUAGUAGCUCCAUCGACGAAAUGGCGGUCGUACAGACAAGAUCGCGGUCCCGCACACAAAAUGGCCGACCGAGCGCGCUUAUAACGAGAGAAUACACAACGUAUAUCCGCACCGUUCAGUUCUGUAUUGAAAGCGUGUGACGAAUGAAUCAACGAGGCGUUCGACAAAUUUUGUGAUAAAAAUGAAGGGGGCAGCUGACUGAACAGGCGUGAAAGUUUCGAAUCGAGGUGAAAGGUUCGCGUGAAUCGAUGGAAAGGAAGGAACAAGUGAUCGGGGGAGAAGGGAAGAGGGGGUCCAGGACCUUCGACACACAAGCACACACACAUACACACACACGCAAGCAAGAAACAAACAGGGACAAACCACCGGAGACACGGAUAAACACACAGAAACACGCAUACACACUGAAACAAA